GCAUUCUUGCCAGAAAAAAAAUCUAGCAUAUGGAUUAUUUUCAAGACUUGGUUACUCAAAAAAUGUCUCUGAAAGACCUCAUUUUGUAGCUUUCACCUGACAAUAUUAUGUUUUCUUUUUACCUCCCUUUCCAUCCUACUUACUGAUGGCUAAUAGAUAACCAUGAUUCAUAUUCAAGUUCAGUAACCAGAUCUUUAAAGAAAGUUGAAUUUUCAUCUUUGAAUUCAUACCCUGGAAAAAGAAAAACUUGUGAACUACUAAUUAAAAUCUCCUAGACAGUCUGAUUGAAAUACAAAAACCUAUCAGAGAAACAAUUCAAUCCCUGAGGACUGAUGAUUGCCAUAGGUUCAUUUUCAAAGGAAACUUUAGGAGCGAGCUGUGUUUACAGAGAAGUAAUUAAAAUAUUUGAUCAUAUCUGAUUCAAGUCUUCUCUUGGAUGACUCAGAUAUUAUUGUAUCACAUUGCAUCUUCUAGUAGGUCUAUCUUUAGCUGGUACCAUGAUCAUAUGAGUAUGUACACUCACAGAGCCCCAAGGAAUUGUCUACAUUCUGAUUGUUGUAGCAACAAAGUCCAUCUCAUAUUAGAGCAGAAAGUAAAGACUCAUCAGGGUAAGGUAAAAUAUUUAAUUCGCUGGCUGGGAUAAAUAAAGUCCAAUUAAACCUUAGUUUCUUGACAGUGAAGCCCUUGUUGUCCUCCCUCUCUCCUUUAUUGGUUGUAUGUUUGCCGUCUACUGGACCUCCCAACCCACCUCAGACCUUUCGCUUUACCCUUUUCCCUGUAGUUGUCUUCUCCUGUCAGAACUUGGCAAAGAUCGCCUGGUUUGAAAGAGAAUAUGUCUCUUGGACAGGGCAAAACACCAAAUUAGAGUGCUUAGUCUGUGUAUCAUCUUAUGUGUGACACUUGCAGCAGUACAGGUUCCUUUUUCCUGCUCUCCUUCGCUUGGACGGUUGCAAAGUCAUGUCUCAUCAUAAGUUCCACGCCCCACGCCACAGGCACAUGGGGUUCCUGCCCCACAGGCGCAGCAAGAAGCACCGGGGGAGGGUCUACACGUGGCCCAAAGACGACCCCAGCCACCCCAUCCACCUCAUUGCCUUCCUGGGAUAUAAAGCUAGCAUGACCCACACUCUGAGGAAAGUGCACCGCCCUGGCCUAAGUAUGCGCAUAUUAGAAAAACAGUGAAGUUGUUUAGCUUCUAGACACAGAAACGUAGUUAGUACGUGCUAUUCUCUGUUAUUUGAAUGCCAAUAAUUACCAUCUCUCAUAAUUACCAAGGAUUGUAAUCUGAUGAAGAAGUACUGUUCAGUCAUCAGGGUUAUUGUUCACUCUCAGGUGGGCUUAAUUCACCUGCGCCACAGUAAGGCUCACAUCAUGGAGGUGCAGCUGAAUGGAGGCAGAGCCGCAGAUCAAGUGGACUGGGCCAAGGAGCACUUGGAGAAAGCCGUGCCCAUUUCUGCAGUGUUUUACCAGGAUGAGAUGAUUGAUGUCGUUGGAGUCACCAAAGGUCAUGGCUUCAAAGGAGUUACAAGUCGCUGGCACACGAAGAAGCUUCCCAGAAAGACCCACAAGGGGCUGAGAAAGGUGGCCUGCAUUGGUGCCUGGCAUCCUGCAUGUGUGGCCUUCACUAUAGCUCGGGCCGGUCAGAAAGGCUAUCAGCACCGCGCUGAGAUCAACAAGAAGAUAUUUCGUAUUGGCAGAGGCGUUCACAUCCAGGAUGGAAAGGUGGUGCGAAACAGUGCCUCCACCAGCUACGACCUCAGUCAGAAAACCAUCACUCCAAUGGGGGGUUUUCCUCACUACGGUGAAGUAAAUAAUGAUUUUGUCAUGGUGAAAGGCUGCAUUGUUUGUGCUAAAAAACGUGUCCUCACUCUCAGAAAGUCCUUGCUCACGCUCACGUCACGCAGGGCCGAGGAGACCAUUGAGCUCAAAUUCAUCGACACCACUUCCAAAUUCAGCCAUGGGCGCUUCCAAACGGCCCAAGAGAAGAGAGUUUUUAUGGGGCCACUGAAAAAAGAUCCUCUAAAGACAAUGCCGCAACCUCUGUCAGAGGAGGCCUGAAAGAAUGGCUUCUGAUAAUCUACUUGCAGAACAAUAAAUAUAUUUUACUUAUUCACA